GACUUACCUCCAACCUCUGCCCAUUCGAAAUCAACCACUACUCCCUCACCGUCGUCGCUUCUUAGCGCGACGACAAACAACAUCAUGCCAGCACGAACAUACUACGGCUCGCCUGCGUAUAGCAACCCUGUAACUGUGUUGCCAUUCACAUCCCCACCACCUCUCAAUUAUACGCGUUAUGCCCAACUACCCGUCGUUCAGGAGAGCACUCUCCAUUGGGCCCUCGACGCCCAGAAUGCGUCAUCACUGCGAUGCAAUGUCUUCAACGACCCAACUGCACAUAUUUUGCCCCCACUCAACCCUCGCAUCCUGGCCGAAGUCGCAGUCCAGCUACCCUCAGUCACCAUCCUCGUGAGCCGCUUCAGACUCACUAUUCAUCCAUCUUCGAGGAAAUCAUCUUUCGUCACCGUCGCCGAUGUCCUCCAUGGAAUCCAUCGUUACCUGUGUCAGCCUCUCCCAAGGCACGAAAUGGCCGAAAUAUCACCAGAAGAUUUCGAUGCUGCCCGCUUCACACAUUACUCUCGCUGCCGUGGCAUGGACAGGAUAGCUGCAGACUCAGAACCCCUGCGACGAAUCGACCUUCUUGGUGGAAACCAGCAAUUUUGCGGGCUACAACGGACGGUUGACUCUCCUGACUAUUGGAUACUGUGUCUUUCAUGA